UUAAAAUCUUGGUUCAGCAAAUUCACAAAUCGUCUGGUUGUCGCGCCACGUAAUUGUGAUAGGGUGGGGACGCAUGAGACGCUUCGCAUUUAUAGGUUAACUUUUCGCGCACAAACGAUCAGUGCCGCUUCAACGAGAGCUCCGUGCUCUCUCGUUGUCGCAAGCAGUUCUUUUGUUCGGCGGGUACUUAAAUUCUCACGAAGAUCCGUGUAGUUUAGUCAUUUGUAUAUCUUAGAAUCGUAAAAUAUAAUAAUAGUAAACACAGUGUAUUCGCACAUACAUUCGCAAUCACCAAAAUGCAGUGAUUACAUUAUUGACACAUCGUUGCAUGUUGUUUUAUUCAUUCAGCAUUAUUUUUGCACUAUACAAAGAUCACAAAACACAAUGACAGAAGAAAGAAUAUUGUGCACUUAGAAAAUAAAGUUAUUUUAUACAUGGAAAUUUGAAGAAGGCUCUAUUACCGUGUUUGUAUAUAAAUAGAAUUUCUGUAGUGCGUAGUGAUACAUAGCAGUUAUACGUCCAACAGCAAAACCAAUCGUUUCUGCCGGCAAACUUGUCAUGACAAUUUGCGCGUGCUGAAUCAUUUUAGGUGUAUAGUGCCAUUUCAUUCGUGUGCAUCCGAAACUCAUGGCUGAAUCUUAUUGAUGAACUGAAUUUAUUAAGACACGUUACUGUAUGUGUAUCGUUAUCGGGUGUUGCAAGAAGGAAUAAAGCAAUAUAUAUUCUUAAUUUCUUCACAAAAGUGUACUUUUUUAGAAAAGUUACUGCGCACGUUUUUUAAGUUCGGUUGAUCCAUAAUACAUAGAAGGCAGUGAGCGUGCGAUGAUCGUAUGAUAGAAGUUGACUCGAAGCGCGCGAGUGUGAAAGACAUGGCAGCGGAUUUUGAUGAUUGAUAUUGCUACUCCUGUUAUUUGCUAACAGGGGGAGUGUUAAAUCGCGCGGAAGUGGCGUAGCGUGGCAAACUUUGAGGGAUAAAGUCACGGAAAGAAAGAAUAUACAGCGCGCACAGCUGCGCGCACUUCUACGAAAAUAGAACUCUGCACAGUGUGUGGAGGCCAACGACGAAACGAACGGAGUCUGACAUUAAAGCGAUCAUAGAAUGUCGCGCGUGUCGCUCAACAAGUCGCAGUACAGCCAAUACGGCUCGCGUCGCGUGCGGAAGAUCAGUACGACGGAAAGUGAAUAUUCUGUAGAAGAGCAUGCAAAAUUAACUGCUACUGAUGGAGCUAGUGAUGAAGCAUCUCCAGAAGAUGAAGGAGGAUCAUUAUGUGAAUACCAUGAUAUACCACCUCCACCAGAUGGUGGAUAUGGAUGGGUGGUGGUAUUUGCAUCAUUCAUGUGUAAUAUGAUAGUUGAUGGUAUCGCUUAUACAUUUGGUGUUUUUCUGGGAGAAUUUGUUACAUAUUUUGGAGAAGGAAAAGGCAAAACUGCGUGGGUUGGUUCAUUGUUAUCUGGCAUGUACCUCAGUGCUGGACCUAUUGUCAGUGCUUUAACAAAUAAGUAUGGAUGUAGAGCAGUAUGUAUGGCAGGAAGUUUUUUAGGUGCAGCAGCAUUUGUACUUUCAACAUUUUCAACCAGUGUAAAUAUGCUUAUGAUAACUUAUGGUGUUAUGGGAGGAAUUGGAUUUGGUCUAAUAUAUUUGCCAGCAGUAGUUUGUGUAGGUUAUUAUUUUGAAACCAAAAGAUCAUUAGCUACAGGUAUUGCUGUAUGUGGUUCAGGAUUUGGCACAUUUGCAUUUGCACCUCUUGCAACAAUGUUAUUAGAAGCAUAUAAUUGGAAAGGAGCAAAUUUAAUUCUUGCAGGCCUUAUUUUAAAUUGUGCUGUAUUUGGUGCAAUGAUGAGGCCAUUAGAAUAUCCAAAAGCUUCUUCUGUUAAACCAUUGUUACAAAGAAUGGCAGAGGAGAAAAGAUUUCAAAUGGAACGUGGGAGUAUUGGGGGUUCUUAUUUCAUGGUACAACUGCCUGAUGGAUCUAUGGAAAAGAGAAUGAAAAUGCCUAUUAAUAUUGAUCCUGGUGUUCAUUCCAGUUUCAAUUUAGACCAAUUAGUGCCUGGAACUCCUUUAACACCAGUUCCAACGGUACCAACUCUUCCCACUAUAUCGGAAGUGAAAGUACAAGAACACUCUUCUAGUGGAGCAACUAGUAAUAGUGGCAGUAUGGAUUUAAAAAACAUUUCCACUAAAUCAAAGAGUAGAAAAAAUAUUGAUGAUACCAAAGAUAUAGAGAAGUCUGAAAGCGAAUUCAAACCAAUAAUUCCUAGAAAUGCUUCACAGCCUGCUUUUACAACUCAUGUACAAGGUUUACCUAAAAAUGGUUCUGUACCCUUUUUUGAUAGAAUCCGCAAAACAAGUACUGGUGAAAGAUAUAAACCAAGUCUUAGUGCCAUUAAGAAUUCUAGAACAACAUUGAAUUCUAAUGGUGAUAUUAGAAAGAGUUUACAUUUGAGACUUUCGACAAGCAGUGUUAUGGGUUCUCGAAACAAUAAUGCGGAAAUAGAUGAUGGCGAAAGUAUUACUUUUACCACCAGUAAGACUAGUAUUCCAAAAGAAAAACCACAGAUAAUUCGACCACUAUCAAGAAAGGAUAUUUUUUAUAGUGGUAGUGUUGUUAACUUACCAGAAUAUCAAAGUCAAAAAUCACUUGCAAAUUAUCGUCAAAGUGUUAUUUCUUUAUCAAAAUCCGUUCGUGGAGAUAUUAAAGAUACCGACAUUGAAAAGGCGCGCGAGCAACCUCUAUGUCCUUGUUUGGUAUUACCUGAUUCGUUUAAAGAAGCUCUGGCAACUAUGAUGGAUGUAUCUUUGCUAAAAGAUCCAGUAUUUCUUUUAAUUGGUAUUAGUAACGUAUUUGGAAUGGCUGGUUUAUACGUCCCUUUUGUAUAUUUAUUAGAUGCUGCAGUUUUAGAUAAUAUUGACAAGACUCUUGCAUCAUAUUUAGUAUCUAUUAUUGGAAUUACCAAUACUCUGGGUCGUGUAGCUUGUGGAUACAUUGCGGAUUUUCCACAAGUAGACUCAUUAUUGUUGAAUAAUAUUUGCUUAAUUAUAUCAACAGUUGCUGUGGCUGCAAUUCCGUUUUGUCAUUCGUAUCCUGCUUAUAUUAUUAUGAGCAUUCUUUUUGGAAUAGCUAUAUCUGGAUAUAUUUCUUUGACGUCAAUUAUUUUGGUAGACCUUUUGGGAUUGGAUAAAUUGACCAAUGCAUUUGGCCUUUUAAUCUUAUUUAGAGGAGCAGCAGCUAUCAUUGGUUCACCUUUAGCAGGUGCUGUUUAUGACGCAACGCAAAGCUAUAGCAUCCCAUUUUUUAUGGCAGGAUUUUUCUUCCUUGUAAGUACAGUUACUAGUUUCAUGGCUCCAGCAAUGAAACGCUGUACAACGCCACAGACUCAGCCUGUGAUAUUAGAUACAUUGACUCCAAUUGAUGAAGAUAUCGAAGAAGAAAAUGAAGAGGAUAUUCCUGAAAUUGUAGAAACUGCGCCAUCUCCGCAAGAACCUCCUGAAAAGGAAAUUAAACAAAUAGAAUCUGUUUUAUAAAAUCUGAUCUGUAUAAGGAGAAAAAAAAAAGCCUUCAUCUCCGAGCCAUACUGUGAUAGGGCUGCUGCUUCAAAAAGGUCUGAAAAAAGUACUUCUUCGUUAUACAUUUUAAUGCUAAAGCACAAAUUAAUGAGUACAACCUGAUGGUAUUUUUAACGUAUUUAGAAUUUUGCAAUUGUAUCUAAUUUUUUUUAUGAAACUCUAAUAUAUAAAUAUAAAUAUACAUAUAUACACAAAUACAUAACAAUGUAAAAAAUGCCAUCAGGUGGAGAAUUUCAUUUGCCUAUGUCAAUAGUAGAUGAUAGAUAGAAAAAUUUAUUAACUUAAUCAGUAUAGAAUGAUCAGUAUAAAAAAUAUUGAAAAAGUGAAAAAAAUGCUUUUGCACUUGCAUAUCGAAUAAUAUUGAAAUGAAUAUUAUUAAUCAUCACAAAUGAUAAAUAUUAAUUUAGAAUAAGGAUGGUCAAUUUUCAUUUUUUAUAAAUGGCUCUCUUCUUUAUGCUCAUUUAUAUCUAUUAUAGUACUUUCUAGCAAUAUUUACUCGUAUUCUAUUUUUGAUCUAAAAUUUACGUAUCGAAAACAACGAAAGUUUGCUAUACUAUGUCGAUUUUUCGUAUUAUUUAUGUUAGUAAAUAUCGCAUUUGACUUUUAAUGUUAUAUAUAUUACAUGGAUAAUCCAUGCAAUGAUUGACCAUUCUUAAUCGAGAAUACCCAUCUACAAUAUAUUACUUAAAUCUAUUUUUGGUCGCAAUCCAAAGAUACAAUUCCAAUUAAAUUACAUUCAGAGAGAUAUUUUUCUUGCAUACACAACAAAUGUAUAUACAUAUUAUAGAUUAAAAAAUGUGGAUUAGUUAACAUACAGAUAGAUUCGCUAUUGCGGAAAAAAUUGUAAAUAAUUAUAUAGGCAAUUGUAAAAUAGUGUAUAACGAAUUCCGAAAAAACUAGGCAAAUAGAAAAUAUAUAAUUUUUGUUUUGGGACAUACGUCCUUGUAUUAAUGUAUUGAUUAUGAAUAAUUAACAUGCUAUUAGAUAGAAAUUAAUUAAUAUAUUAAUGAUUCAACUAGAAUGUUUAUUUCAUUGAAUGUAUAAAGAAAACAUUUCGUCUUAUGCAAUCUAGUUUGUGUAAAUUAAUUCUUUAGUUAACAGAAUUGACUGUCGGGAAAAAAUGUGAAAUAAUUGAAGUAUAUUAAUUAACACAAACUAAUUCUCGACUAAUACACGUGUUGUUCGACACGACUUUCGGCAAAGUUAUAGUUUGUCGUGUCAUACUAUAUACUAAUUAAAUAUUGAUUAUCGCGAAUAGACAAAAUGUUAUUCAUUUAUAUAUGAUACUUUUUAUUUACAAUCGCAUACAUGCCUAUGAUCCAUAUAAAUAUAUAAAUCUAUAUAUAGAUAUAUAUGUAUUUUUUUUUGUUAUAUAAAUUUAUAUAUUUAUAUAUAUAUGACGAAUGAAAAAAAAUUGUAAAUCUUGUUAAACGGCAUACAACAAAUGUUAAACUUGUAUGUACAUUGUAUAUACAGCGUUUAUUGGUAAGCCGAUUACGGUGAUUAGUUAUCAAUAUGCGUAAGAUUUGGAUAACAAAAAAAAAAGAAACGUUAUUAUCAAUAAGAAAAAAUAUACCAACAGUGCUAUUAUCACUGCUACUGCUAUCACUAUUACCAUUAAUAUUACUAUUACACUAUAUUAAUUAGUACAACUAUUACGACACUUAUUUUUAUUCUCAUAAUUGUCGUGCAGAAAGACCGUGUUUUUGUGAUUUGAAUUGAAAUAUAAUGUAUACAUGUUAUUCAGUCGGAAGUGUACACAUGUGCACGCGUGUCGUCGUGACAAAAGUGUACAGUAACACUUAUUAUAUACAUAUAUAGAGUAUAUAUUAUCGACGCGCGUGUUCAUAUGACAUUUCGCAUGCGCAUGUUCGUAUGUAUGUAUGUUAGGAGGAAUAGGCGGGUUUCUAGUAGAGAUACACGAAGCAUGUGUUAUGUCGUGUGUGCAUAAUAGAGGCAUACAUAUGCGUACUUACAUAUACACAUGAGCGUAUCAAUACACGUGCGCACGACUUAAUCUUGUGCAUAUGUUAAAAGAAAACAAUAAAAGAAAAAAAGUGAAGUAUAUAUGCUAUGGUACAAAGAAGGACAAAUGUAUUAGGUGACGUUUAUUGAAAUUGAAGAGGAAUUAUGAAUUUUUAUUACUGAAA